AAUAAUAAGAAGAAAGAUCCUUAGGGUCCCCUCUCAAAAAAAAAAAAAAAAAAAAAAAAACCCUUUUUUUCUUUCAUUCCAAUCAUAUAAUCUCACGAACCGAUAGCGAUGGCUUUGUUCGAUACCCACCACCUUGGCGUUUUCGCGUUCGGUCUUCUGGGUAACAUUAUCUCGUUCAUCGUGUUCUUGGCUCCCGUGCCAACGUUUAUGAGGAUUUGUAAGAAGAAAUCAACGGAAGGGUUUCAAUCAAUUCCAUAUGUGGUGGCACUUUUUAGUGCAAUGUUGUGGUUAUAUUAUGCUUCGUUCAAGCCUGAUGAAGCUCUUCUUAUUACUAUCAACUCGGUUGGGUGUGUCAUCGAGACAAUUUACAUUGCGAUCUUCAUUUGCUUUGCUCCGAAGCGGAUUCGGGUUUCCACUUUGAGAUUGAUUCUUCUGUUGAAUUUUGGUGGGUUUUGCUUAAUUCUACUUGUAACUCACUUGUUAGUGCAAGGCUCUAACAGAGUUAAGGUUGUUGGAUGGAUUUGUGUGGCUUUUAGUGUCAGUGUGUUUGCAGCUCCAUUAAGUAUCAUGAGAUUGGUUGUUCGUACCAAGAGCGUGGAGUUCAUGCCGUUUUAUUUGUCGUUUUUCCUCACGCUUAGUGCUAUUGCAUGGCUUCUUUAUGGUGUUUUUCUCAAGGAUAUCUAUGUUGCGCUUCCAAAUGUCCUUGGAUUCAUAUUUGGAGUAGCUCAAAUGAUACUAUAUUUAAUCUACAAGAAGCAUGAAACAGCCAAAGCAAAGGAAAUGAAGCUACCAGAACACACAAUAGAUAUUGUAAUGACUGCCGCCGCCAUUCCUCCGACCACCAACUCCGACAAAGACAAAGACAAAGAUUCCUCGCCGCCGCCGCCUUCUGCCGGUGCCAUAGAGAUUGAGGUAAUAACAACCAACGAAGCCAAACUCGACAGCAAAUUGGAUCUAAACCAUAAAGACAACGACAAAACUACAAACCCAAAUGCUUAAUUAUUCGAAAUGUUUUUCAAUUUCCUCGUGUUCUUCCUUUGUUGCUUGAGUUUCUUUGCAAUGCUUGAACUUUGUUCUUCUUUGAAUGUUCUUGCUAUCAUGUAAAGUUCUUCAUUUUCAUGAAAAAAAAGUACGAGCUUUGGUUGUA